AUGUGGAAACGAUUACAGGGCGCCGUCCGAGAUAGGGAGAGGCAUGCGCAAAUAGGAAACCCCGUACUUCUUGAAACCACCUAUGACGAGGAUCAACUGAAGCGCAAUCCCAAAGUGACCGACCUGCAAAAUGGCAGUCACCACAAUUAUGCGCUCCCUCAACUCUCGCAUUUAUUGUCUCCCCAGGAACCUCCCAACUACAGAGCCUCAGAAGUACCCACGGCCUCCUCCAUCUACUCGCAAGACACCCUCUGCUACGAUAACGAUAACCCCACCCGCAGAUCGCCAUCUGCAUACGAAGACAUAUCGCCUCCCAGCUCUCCGGAACCGGAACAGUACUCCUCUUUCAACCUACCUCGAAGAUUCCGCUCGAUGCGUGACGUGUCACCCAUGGACGACGAUCGCAGAAAACUCGAAGACGAUUCCCGCGCGGGCAGCCAGAUUCCCGUCCUACGCAGAGCGCCGUCUGUCCUUCGAAAUGGCGACGCUCCACCAGCACCUAAGCAGAAGUUCUGGGAGGGCAAGCUUGCGCCAAAUGCGAAAGUGAAGUGGGAUGAGUAUUCAGGCGAGCCUAAUAGUGCAGGGAAGGCCGCCUCAGUCGAUCCAGGCUCUUAUGCGAAAGGUGUGCCGUCAUCAGACCCUAGACCCAUGGGGUAUCAGGUUUCAGUCAGUGGUCCUGAGAAAAAGAACACAAGUUUUGGGGAGCGCGUUGGCCGCUUCGGGUCGAAGCGCUCACCACCGCCCGUGGAGCCGUGGAGCCGAGCGACGGGACGAUCAGAAAUCGCACCUCCGCUCAAAUACCAGCCUACAGACAAACCACUUCAAAUACCACGCAAGACGAUUUCACCAAGCACGGACCAAGCGAGGUCAAACGCGCUUGCAGCUGCCAUUGAUUCUGCACCCAAGCUGCCUGAUACUCAAACUGUAACAACCGAAAUGGCGCCCAAGGAUCCGCGCGAUAACGAUAUGCGUUACAACGAUGGCAUUAAACCCAUUGUCCCGCUCAAAGUAGGAAAAAACACGCCUCUUCGAAGCGGUCACAUCUCUCCAACCUCACCCACAGCAGGUCUCGGUAUAAGCACAUCGUACCCUAGCCCCAUCACACCAACCAGCCGCACCCAAUUGAACCAGUCCCCGGCCACCGUAACGCCAGUAGAACAGACGCUGUACCCCACCUUGCGGACUGCGACGCCGCCAUACAACAAGGAGACAUCGGAGAAGGACAAGCCCAUCAGCCGGUUUUCGUGGACUACCUACAACAGUGCGGGGACAUACCAACACUCACCACCACCUUCACCACCCAACGGGCUAUCGUCCUCGCAAAGACAGCGUGUUGCAACCGAGCCCAUAUCGGCCGCUUCCUCGAUCCUAAACCGUCGCCGCCCCGUACCCCCCUUAGACAGGGAACCCGCACCCAUGGCCAAAGUCUACACCCCCAGCCCGAGAUCCCCUUACGCCUCCUCUACUUUCUCCAACUCAUCACAAAAAUCACAAAAGGCGCUUCCGCUACCUCCUUCCCAACUCAGUGCCAUCGACCACAUUGCCUAUCUGGAAUCGCAGCAAGAAGAUCUACGAAUUCGUCGCAACAAUGUGUAUCGUUUGCUUAAAGACUUGAACAAUGCUGCGCCGCCUAAUCCGCUGCUUACCGACUUCAAGAAGGCUAGGGUCGCGGAAGAGAGGAAGAAGGCGUUUCAAGAGGAGUUGGAUGAGAUUCGCAGAGAAGAGCAUGAUGUUGGGCUCAAGUUGCAUCGCGCGUGGAAGAAGAGGGAGAGGGAUGAUCCGAACUCGAAUGGGAGCGCAUUGUGGGUGAGGAGAGUCACUAGCUAG